AGCUUCACAGCUGGGCGAGCGCAGGAAGGCGCCGGGAAGGAAAGCCAGACCCCCCCAGCCUCUGGGUGGGCUGCGCCGCGCGGCUGGCGGACCUUCCCGGGUUGGAGAGGUGCGCACGUCCGCACCUCACCCUGCGGCUGACGUUUCCUGCCCAGGAGAUGGGCGCUGAAGCUUGAGCGCCAGAGUCCCUGGAGCUACACCUGCGAACACCCUUUGCUUCUGUUGAGCUGUGCCCAGCCGCCCAGUGACAGAAUUCCAGAAGAAAUGAUUCCCACUGAUCCACCCACUUUUGCCACCCCAGGAUGCAAUUUUCUGGAGAGAAGAUUAGUGGACAAAGAGAUCUUCAAAAACCAAAAAUGAGGUUCACAUUUACAAGCCGGUGCUUGGCACUGUUUCUUCUUCUAAAUCACCCAACCCCAAUUCUUCCUGCCUUUUCAAAUCAAACCUAUCCAACAAUAGAGCCCGAGCCAUUUCUUUACAUCGUAGGACGAAAGAAGAUGAUGGAUGCACAGUACAAAUGCUAUGACCGAAUGCAGCAGUUACCCCCAUACCAAGGAGAAGGUCCGUAUUGCAAUCGCACCUGGGAUGGAUGGCUGUGCUGGGAUGACACACCGGCUGGAGUAUUGUCCUAUCAGUUCUGCCCAGAUUAUUUUCCGGAUUUUGAUCCAUCAGAAAGGGUUACAAAAUACUGUGAUGAAAAAGGUGUUUGGUUUAAACAUCCUGAAAACAAUCGAACCUGGUCCAACUAUACUAUGUGCAAUGCUUUCACUCCUGAGAAACUGAAGAAUGCAUAUGUUCUGUACUAUUUGGCUAUCGUGGGUCAUUCUUUGUCAAUUUUCACCUUAGUGAUUUCCCUGGGGAUUUUCGUGUUUUUCAAAAAAUUGACAACUAUUUUUCCUUUCAAUUGGAAAUAUAGGAAGGCAUUGAGCCUUGGCUGCCAAAGGGUAACCCUGCACAAGAACAUGUUUCUUACUUACAUUCUGAAUUCUAUGAUUAUCAUCAUCCACCUGGUUGAAGUAGUACCCAAUGGAGAGCUCGUGCGAAGGGACCCGGUGAGCUGCAAGAUUUUGCAUUUUUUCCACCAGUACAUGAUGGCCUGCAACUAUUUCUGGAUGCUCUGUGAAGGGAUCUAUCUUCAUACACUCAUUGUCGUGGCUGUGUUUACUGAGAAGCAACGCUUGCGGUGGUAUUAUCUCUUGGGCUGGGGGUUCCCGCUGGUGCCAACCACUAUCCAUGCUAUUACCAGGGCCGUGUACUUCAAUGACAACUGCUGGCUGAGUGUGGAAACCCAUUUGCUUUACAUAAUCCAUGGACCUGUCAUGGCGGCACUUGUGGUCAAUUUCUUCUUUUUGCUCAACAUUGUCCGGGUGCUUGUGACCAAAAUGAGGGAAACCCAUGAGGCGGAAUCCCACAUGUACCUGAAGGCUGUGAAGGCCACCAUGAUCCUUGUGCCCCUGCUGGGAAUCCAGUUUGUCGUCUUUCCCUGGAGACCUUCCAACAAGAUGCUUGGGAAGAUAUAUGAUUACGUGAUGCACUCUCUGAUUCAUUUCCAGGGCUUCUUUGUUGCGACCAUCUACUGCUUCUGCAACAAUGAGGUCCAAACCACCGUGAAGCGCCAAUGGGCCCAAUUCAAAAUUCAAUGGAACCAGCGUUGGGGGAGGCGCCCCUCCAACCGCUCAGCUCGCGCUGCAGCCGCUGCUGCGGAGGCUGGCGACAUCCCGAUUUACAUCUGCCAUCAGGAGCCGAGGAAUGAACCAGCCAACAACCAAGACGAGGAGAGUGCUGAGAUCAUCCCUUUGAAUAUCAUAGAGCAAGAGUCAUCUGCUUGAAUGUGAAGCAAACACAGCAUCGUGAUCACUGAGCCAUCAUUUCCUGGGAGAAAGACCAUACAUUUCAAGUGUUCUCCAUCCUCCCAGGAACCGAACAUAUCAUUUGUGAAGAAUUAUUCAGUGAAUUUGUCCAUUGUAAAUCUGAAGAAAGUUAUUCUUGGUACUAUUGCUUUGGGAGACGGUCUAGGAAUGGAGUCUCCCACUGCAACUUGUGAACUCCAUCAUUCAUCCAGGACUGAGAUGCAAUGUCACAGUAAUGCAAGCAAAGUAUCAAAGAAAAACAAUGAAAUUGACCUAGUUCAGAUACAGGGUGCUCCUUGUCAAUACUGAGCCAUUUAUACCUUUGAAAAAUUAAAAUCACUUUCAAUAUUUUUAUUUUUAACUCUGGAUUUUGAAUUAGAAUAUUUCUGUAUUUGGCUAUGGAUCUGAUUUUUAAUUUUUUUAAUUUCAGCCAAUUCUGAUGUUACUGAGAUGUUUUACUAUCCUUACAACAUAAACCACAUGAACUACAUGACCUCUGCAAGACAAAGUGGCUUUCUAAUAGAGAGAUUAGUAAAUAUGUGAAGAAAAAGACCUGCAUUUGGCAGGAAGAUGUAUGCUUUGAAUGCAAAAGAAAUUUAGAGUCAAUUUGCUUAAAAUAUUACAUGCUCAGCUUGGUUUUGGAUAAGCCUGUCCGUUGGGCAGGACCUAGCUGUUGUAAAGAAUUGGUCUUAAUGUUGAAUGUAUUUUGGUUGCUGACAUUUAUAAACUGAGAGGUCACAAAGAAUCUAUUACUAAAAAUUUUUACAAAACUGCCAAAAAUAUAAUUCUUAGUGGAAGACAAUACUCCCUUUAAAGAGAGUUUGCCACUUCCCUAAACUCCAGGAUUUAUAAAGCAAAUUACUCCAAGGUUUAUAAAGCAGAUUACCUCUUGUCCUUGGGUGCUAUCUAGCAGUAAAAGAUACAUUUGUUGAAUAUUGGUAAUUAAAAGACUCCACAUAAGUCCAUUAACUGCUUUCCACCCAGCUUCAAAGCUUAAAAAGAUCUCAGUCUUUUCCAGGAAGAUCCAGGAGGGCUAAUUAGAAAUCAGUUUGUGGUUGACCUCUUGUUUCUUGUUACUACCAAAACAGGAGGGGAAAAAAUUAACUGCUCCAAGUUUAACCAUAAAUCAAUUCAUGUUUAACGUUUCUCAUUAAAAUCCAGUAUUAUAUUCCCAUAUCUCUCUUUACUUCCCAGUAUAAGAUUUUUGAAAAUCCUGAAUAAACCAGUAUCAUUACUGGCACCUGAAAUUAAUUUGUGAAUUUGCAACAGUAAUCAGAGUUACCAUUAUUUAAUUUGUAUACUAAAUGAGGAGGUACAUGGAAACCCUCCAAAUCUCCAGUCUCAUCUAUGUCAUAUUUUGCCACUGCCUUUCAGAAGUGAUUUAGUUGUGGAAAGACAAUAAACUGAUUUGUUAUGGUUACAUAUUUAGUGCACCCAGAGAAAAUUAUAUUUCUACAGAGAAAAUGAAUUUGGGAUACUAAAGUAGUUUAAGUCUCCUUUACUGAAUGUAAGGGGGGGAUUGAAAAGAAGGUAUUUUUCCAAUCACAGUGUUAUGUAGUAUUGUUCUAUUUUUGUUUACAAACAUGGAAAACAGAGUAUUUCUGGCAGCUGUGGUACAAAUGUGAUAAUAUAUUGCUAAAAUAUUUUAGAUGUUGUUAUGCUAAUAUAGUAGGGGCUGAAGAAAACAAAAUAGCUUAUUAUAGAAUUGCACAUAGUUCUGCCCAAAUUAUGUGAAAUGCUUAUGCUUGUGUAUAUGUAUAAAUUAAUACAGAGUAUGUUAAAAGCAAAAAGAUGUAUAUUUGCAUAUUUUUCUAAAGAAAUAUAUUAUUCAUCUUUUCAUU